ACUACUACUUCUACUACUUCUCUGCAAUAGUUUUCCUUUUUCAUUUUUCUAAACUCUGGGUUCCAUUAAGGCACCGCUUGAGUGUGGAAUGGCUGAACUGUUGCGAAUCCGUAAGAAACGACUGCAGAUCCCCAUCUCUAGGUUAAGAAGCAUGCUGAAGCAGCUGGAGGAGAAAGAUGUCGACUCUGAAGAAAUCAAAAAGAAUCUGGAGAUCACUGCUUCAUUACUAGAGGCAGUUUAUCUUGAUGGAACAAGACAGUGUCUGGAGUCUGAGGAUGCUCUUCAGCAGCUGCAGUCAGACGGGGUGCCUUCAGAGGUCACUGACUGGCUGGCGUCCACCUUCACUCAGAGGGUUCGACGGCCUGUGCGACGUUCAGAUGAGAAGCCCAAGUUCCGCAGCAUCGUGCAUGCAGUGCAGGCUGGAAUAUUUGUGGAGAGAAUGUUCAAGAGGGCCUACACUGCAGCCAUGCCAGACCAACCUAUGGAGGUUGUAAAUUGCCUCAGGGAUAUUGACCGCUGGAGCUUUGAUGUGUUUCCUUUGAAUGCAGCCAGUUCUGAUCACGCAUUACGAACUCUGUUCUUUGAGCUGAUCAUCAGAUAUGAGCUCAACAGUCGGUUUAAGAUCCCCAUCUCAUGCCUGACAGAGUUCCUGUCUGCACUGGAAAGAGGAUAUGGCAAAUACAAUAACCCCUACCACAAUCAUGUUCAUGCUGCUGAUGUGACGCAGACACUGCACUGCCUGCUGUUGCGUUCUGGACUAGUGCACUGGCUGACGGAGCUUGAGGUGAUGGCGUCACUGUUUGCUGCAGCCAUCCAUGACUAUGAACACACAGGAACCACAAACAACUUUCACAUCCACACAAAGUCAGAGUUUGCAAUGAUCUACAAUGAUCGGUCGGUGCAGGAAAACCAUCACCUCAGUGCAGCGUUUCAGCUGCUGCAGAAUGACCAGAUGAACAUCUUCAGUCAUUUGACACGAGAGGAAUGGAUGGAGCUGCGGUCACUGGUCAUAGAGAUGGUGUUGGCCACAGACAUGUCCUCUCACCUACUCCAAGUCAAAGCAAUGAAAUCGUGCCUAGAACAACAAGAACGGAUUGACAAGACCAAAGCACUGUCUCUGUUACUGCACACGGCUGACAUAAGCCAUCCAUCCAAGCCCUGGGCACUGCACUCUCGCUGGACCAAAGUCCUGAUGGAGGAGUUUUUCAGGCAGGGUGAUAGAGAGGCAGAGCUUGGCCUGCCCUUCUCUCCUCUGUGUGAUCGAAAAAGCACACUGGUAGCUGAGUCCCAGAUCGGUUUCAUAGACUUCAUUGUGUAUCCAACUUUCUCCCUGCUGAUGGACAUGGCAGAAAAGAUUGUUAUUCCACUGGUGGAGGAAAAUCCAGGUCCACCAGAUCCCUGUAACAGACACAGUAAUCUUUGGAAGGAGAGCUCCAGAGGCCUACAGUGGAGUCUCGCUCACAUCACAGCUGAGCUGGUGAGCUUCCGCUCCACGUGGACACGACACACCGAAGACAACAAACUGAAAUGGAAAGAAAGUGGCUCUAAUGGAUUUUCAGACCCCAGUGUGACAAAAGAACAAAGAUCCAGACAAGAGGAGCUGUCAGAGCAAUCCCUGCAAGACCCCACUACAAAUACAAACCAGUAGACAGGACUUUUGUGAUAUGUGCUUUUUUCAUAGAGGGUCUGCAAAGGUUAACUGAGAUUAAUGUUGAGUUGGUGUUUGUAACAAAACCACAAUGUCUUCUUAUAUUAUGAUUGAAACACAGAGGAGGUUAGAGGUUAUGAUCAUCUUCCCAAGGUAAGAUGCAGCGUUAAUCCAAAAACUUUGUCUUAUUUUAGUAUAGGCUACUGUACUAAUUUAAAUGCAAAGUGAACAUGCUGGCCAUGUGUUAUUAAUUUGCCACCUAAACACUUGUAAAGUACAUUUAACUUUUUGUAGUUUGAAUUGUACACAUUAUUUAAUCAUGCA